GGGUAUGCCAGUGCCCACUCCAGAAGCCCAGCUGCCUGAAGGCCAGUGUGACCCAAUUCUGCAACCCGCCCAAGAAGGAGACGCAUCUGCAGUUCAACCAGAGCCCUCCAAACCUAUUGUAGUGAGCAGCUCAGGGCCAGAGCUAGAGGCUCCAGGAGAUGAAAGCCUGGAGUGUGUUCUCGGUCCAUCUGGGGAGCAAGUGGAGUCUCUGGGUCCGUCUGGGGAGCAAGUGGAGUCUCUCGGUCCAUCUGGGGAGCAAGGGGAGUCUCUCGGUCCAUCUGGGAAGCAAGUGCAGUGUUGCCCGCUUGCUGGAGAGGCUGACUGCCUUGAGUCUGUUGCUGAGCAGCCAGAGCCACCCGUACAGGAGCCUCUGCCGCCCAGCCGGGAUGUAGCACCCGUCCCAUCUGUGCAGCUGGAAGCUGACACAGGCUUAGGAGGGGACAUUCCUCCAGUUACUUAUUUUGACCAAUACUAUGAGCCGCCAGUGGCUGAAGACGCCGAUGGUGCUCUGACCUGUGCUGCCGAGCAAGAGCCUGCUGGCCCACCAGCUAGCGAGGCAGACAGGCCUGCGGAAAUAGACCCGGCUCCCUGGGAGUGCGUGGAGAUGGAGGAUGUGCAGAUUUCCUCCAGGGGGCCAUCCCGGAUGUCCAUGCUAGAGUUAGACAGUGAUGAGGAGACAGCUCGAGUGCUAGAUUGGCUGCCCGAAGAGAAGGCAGAUCAGUUCUCCAUCAUGGCCGUCAAACUGUUCAAAAGACUCAUCCCUUACCACCUUUUGAGUUACGUGUAUGUACAAGCUGACCAGGAGGAGUGUCUGGAGCGCCUGGCACCCACUCUGCUUCCCAUACUGGAGCACUGUGAGCAGGUCUCCAGUUGUGUGAUCACCACGUGCCUCGGGGACCACAGCAUGGAGGCAGCAGAGAGAGCCCAAGUGGUGCAGCACUGGAUAGAGGUGGCUCUGGAGUGCCACCUACGAAAAAAUAUCUCCACCUUAUUUGCAAUCGUGUGUGCUCUGCAGAGCAGCCAGCUCCAAGGCCUGAAGAAGACGUGGAGAUUGGUUUGCAGGGAGAGAGUAGCUGUCUAUCAGGAGCUGAGGAGGAUACACUGCCAGGAGCAAGUGUACAAGGGGCGAGAGUCCAGAUACAAGAGCUUCUGGAAGAAACUCAAGAGAGGCUGCAAGAAGCCUCAACAAUUGGACUAUCCCGAGGGCACAGUCCCUUACCUGGGCACCGUCCUCACACACCUGGCCUCACUGCACAAAGACCAAGAUUCCAAGGAUGGCUCUUGGCUGAAUGUAAAAAGAAGACGAGAGGAAUUCAAGGUGAUGGCACUAAUGAAGGAGCUAAAGGGCUCAUGUCAGGAGCUCCAGGUGGUUCCUGACAUGAACUUCGUAUCUUGGUUUAACAACAUGAACCGCCUAAAUGAGUUGGAAAGCUCCAAGCUAUCCAGGGAGCUGGAGCCUCCCCGCCGGGUACUUGUCCUGAGCAGGAACAACAAGAGGAGCCCUCCCCUGAGGAAGCGCUCAGGAAAUUGCCAGGCUUUGACAAGAGAGCUCAGCAACAAUGGCAGUUCCCAGUUGGAGACAAAUGAGCAGCUCAGCGGUGGGAAUGGCAGCCAUGCACCCAGCAUGCACUUGGGCUGCUCACCCAAGCCUUCUUCACACUGCAACCGAUUAUUUCAGUCGGCCCCAAACAUCUGCAUGGCAAAGAUGACAGAAUAUGAGGGAAUCUUGCCGUUCCUGAGCCCCCAGCCCUCCCGGAGAGCUGGGCAUGGGGCUGUAUCCUAGGCUGUCCUUUCUUCAGCCAAGAUGCGUGCACUCCAACCAGAGAAAAUCAUAUUCUCCAAUGAGUUAUGGGAAAUGCGUUGCACAAUGCACAAAGACUCAAAUGUCAGGUCAUUUAGAUUAAAAACCUAUGUGGAAACACUAA